GCUACACUGAAUAGUCACCAAACAGGUUGUGUGACAUCGGAGUUUUGUAAACAAACUGGCUGACACGUGGUCAAGGAUGCACCGCCAAGAAAGGGAGACUACACAGUACAAUGUAAAUGAGUGCAAGGGUUGUUGCUAAACUAGUUUUGAAAUUAAUCUUAUGUCAGAGGCGCCUAACUCAGCCAAUAAAAGUGGAAGAUUCGUACAUUAAAAAAAUAAAAGUCACCUGUCUUCAAAAUCCAUUUAGAAAAAAUUCUUGCAGUUUGGAAAACCUUUCUCUGCUCAAGAUGGAUGUGUUUUAUAUGGAUCUAAAAUUUCUUGUUGUCCUAUUUACCUGCAUCGGUCUUGUUUCCUGCCGCUGUGAGUCGGGAGAAGUGACAGUUUCCAGAUACCCCAUGCCACCAUUUCCCAAACGGGAGAUCAUCAAAUUCAAACAGCCCUUUAUGGAUCGACCCGCGGUGAUGUACGGGAUAAAGAUGAUCGACUCGGCCUACAACAAGAACACCAGGGCCGAUGUUAAACUGUUGUGGGUGCGGCCGGAGGCGUUCUCCAUCCUCAUGAGGUCUGCCUACGAUUCACACCUAUAUGGCCUGGGGGUCUCUUGGAUGGCCUGUCUAUAA